CUUCCGGGUCCCGUGAUGCCCUGCGGCGCGCCCGACGCCGGGUAGGCCUGGGCCAUGAUACGCGCGCUGCGAGUCCUGGGCCGGGGGUCCCCGGGCGGACCACCGGCCCCGCUAUUGUUGCAGGUGCGCGGCCGGAAGACCCGCUACGACCCUCCAGCCAAGUCCAAGGUCGGUCGCGUGACGACCCCGCCCGCGGUGGAUCCUGUAGAAUUCUACUUGCUGACGGAGCGUUACCGGCUGUACCGCCAGACGGUGCGCGCCCUCAGGCUUGAGUUCGUGUCCGAGGUGCGGAAGAAGGUGCACGAGGCUCGGGCUGGGGUCCUGGCGGAGCGCAAGGCGCUGCAAGAUGCUACCGAGCACCGCGACCUGAUGGCCUGGAACCAGGCGGAGAACCAGCGGCUGCUCGAGCUGCGGUUAGCGAGGCUGCGGCAGGAGGCGCGGGAGCAGGAGCAGCGGCAAGCGGAGGAGAAAGCCCGGCGGGCCCUAGAGGCGCAGGCCUGGGCGCAGCUCAAGGAGCAGGAAGUGCUGCAGCUGCAGGAGGAAGCAAAAAAUUUCAUCACCCCAGAGAACCUGGAGGCACGGGUGGAAGAAGCUUUGGACUCACCGAAGAGCUACAACUGGGCCAUCACCAGAGAGGGGCUGGUGGUCAGGCCACAGCACAAGGGCUCUUAAGAGCCCAUUAAGGACAGUGCCCACCCAGGGACCAUGUGUGUAUGGGGGUAGGAGGGUCGGAACUGAUCUGCAAUAAACCUGUCGAUGUUUCUUAUGAAAAA